AUGGACGCCUCACGAACAACACAACAAGUCCCAUCGACGGCUUCGAACUCGGCAAGAACCUCGCCCGCAACAACGCAGCACGUACCCAUGUACCAGCAGCCCGCCGCAUCGCCCGUCCAGUCGAGCCAGUCGACCGAGCCGUUCCUCAAAGACUUCACCCUCCUUGCCGAGGCAGCAAGGAGAGCGCAGAUGGGAAUCAUGGUUCGAGACCUUGAGAGUUUCGGGCUCUCGUAG